AUGUCUGCACUCGACGAAAGCCAAUUCACCACAGAGCAAUCUAAACAUCCCAAGAGAUGGUUGAUCGCGUACAACUCGAUCUCUUCGUCCUUAUGGUUUUUGGUGUUUUUCAACACCUUAUUCCUCUAUAGGUAUAUGGGCCCCAUCUUGUUGUUUGAGAAGCUGAGGAUCUUCCUUAUCUUAACUCAGUCGCUUGCGAUCAUUGAGGUGAUCAAUUCUGCCACUGGUGUGGUUAAGUCGCCUGUUUUCACCACGGCUUCUCAGGUUGCCUCCAGAUUGUUGAUUGUGUUGGGUAUCUUCCUCGCCUUGCCAUACUCGCCAGCAAACUACCACUGGGUAUACAUGUCCUUGAACGUCUCGUGGGCUAUUACCGAGAUUGUGAGAUACUCAUACUAUGCUUCCCACUUGAAAGACCCCGAGAACGUGCCAUACAUCCUCACAUGGCUCAGAUACUCCCUUUUCUUCGUCUUGUACCCUACUGGGGUUGCUUCUGAGGUUUCCAUCAUCUACCUCAGUCUUAACGAGGCCGAGAGAGUCGUUGGCCCUUGGUACCGUUAUCUUCUCACCGCUAUCCUUUUCACUUACCCACCAGGCUUGUACACCUUGUACACGUACAUGAUCAAGCAAAGAAAGAAGGUGUUGGGCGGCCAGGCUGCGCAGAAGAAGGCUGCCACUGAAAAGAAGACCGAGUAG